AUGAAGAUAUACCUCCAAUUACUUGGCUAUGAUCUUUGGAACAUUGUUGAGACUGAAUUCACAACGUCAACCACUCCAUACACCAAAUGGACACUUGCUCAAAGGACAAAUGUGAAUCUAGACUCUAAGAUAAUGAAGGCGCUAUUUUGUGCCAUGGACAAGAAUGAGUUCAAUCGCGUGUCUACCUAUACAUCUGCAUAUCAGAUUUGGCAUAGUUUUGAGGUAACACAUGAAGGAACUAACAAGGUUAAAGUGUCAAAAAAUUUUGUUCUUGUCCACAGGUUUGAACUAUUCAAGAUGAGCGACAAGGAGACCAUUACAGAAAUGUUUACAAGCUUUACAGAUAUCACAAACUCCUUGAUUGCACUAGGGAAAGUCUACACUCAAGUUCAACAACUUCAAGAAGAAGAAGAAGAAGGCUAUAGCUGUGACUUAGGAUGA